AUGGCUCAACCGCAAGCAAUGCAAAUGCCUGAUAUGUCUAAUGCUAUCAUGGCACAAGAUGAGAUGGGAAGACCUUUUAUUAUUGUUAGAGAUCAAAGUAAUAAGAAGAGACAGCAUGGUAUUGAAGCUAAAAAAUCCCAUAUUUUAGCUGCUAGAUCUGUAGCUUCUAUUAUUAAAACUUCCUUGGGUCCAAGAGGUUUAGAUAAAAUUUUGAUUUCUCCAGAUGGUGAUAUUACAAUUACUAAUGAUGGUGCUACCAUUCUAUCUCAAAUGGAAUUGGAUAACGAGGUUGCUAAAUUAUUAGUGCAACUUUCAAAAUCACAAGAUGAUGAAAUUGGUGAUGGUACCACUGGUGUUGUUGUCUUGGCAAGUGCAUUGUUAGAUCAAGCCUUAGAACUAAUAGAGAAAGGUAUUCAUCCAAUUAAAGUUGCAAGUGGUUUUGAUGAAGCCGCUAAAUUGGCUAUUAGGAAACUAGAAUCUACUACUGAUGAUAUGGCCCCAAAUAAAGAAUAUUUCAAUGAUUAUUUAUUCAAAGCUGCGAAGACCUCCUUGGGUUCCAAGAUCGUAUCAAAAAACCAUGAUAAAUUUGCUAAGAUGGCUGUCGAUGCUGUCACUAGUGUCAUGGAUGAAGAAAGAAAAGAUGUUCAUUUCGAUUUAAUUAAACUUGAAGGCCGUGUAGGUGGUUCUUUAAAGGAUUCUGAAAUGGUUAGGGGUGUUAUAUUAGACAAAGACUUUUCCCAUCCACAGAUGCCAAAAGAAGUCCUACCAAAGGAAGGUAAAAAUGGUGUUAAAUUGGCUAUUUUAACUUGCCCAUUCGAACCACCAAAACCAAAAACUAAGCAUAAAUUAGAUAUUUCCAGUGUUGAAGAAUAUGAAAAGUUACAAAAUUACGAACAAGAAACAUUCAAAAAAAUGAUUAAAGAUGUUAAAGAUGCAGGAACUGAUAUCGUUAUCUGUCAAUGGGGGUUUGAUGAUGAAGCUAAUCAUUUGUUACUUCAAAACGAUCUUCCAGCUGUCAGAUGGGUUGGUGGUCAAGAAUUGGAACAUAUCGCCAUUGCAACACAAGGUCGUAUUGUACCACGUUUCCAAGAUUUGUCAGAAGAUAAGUUAGGUACAUGUAAAAGAGUUUAUGAAAUGGAAUUCGGUACUACCAAAGAAAGAAUGUUAGUUAUCGAACAAGAAGGUACCGUUUCAAAGACUGUCACUUGUUUGAUCCGUGGUUCCAAUAAAAUGAUUGUUGAUGAAGCUAAGCGUGCUCUACAUGAUUCAUUAUGUGUUGUGCGUAAUCUAGUAAGAGAUUCUCGAGUUGUAUACGGUGGUGGUGCAGCUGAAGUUACAAUGUCCAUUGCAGUGUCUGAAGAAGCUGAUAGACAAAGAGGUAUUGAUCAAUACGCUUUCCGUGCAUUCGCACAAGCAUUGGAUACAAUUCCAAUGACUCUGGCUGAAAAUUCCGGUCUUGAUCCAAUUGAAACAUUGACCACUUUAAAGAGUAAACAAAUUAAAGAGAAUUCGUCUUUGAUUGGUGUUGACUGUCUAGGUGCUGGUACUAAUGAUAUGAAAGAACUAUUCGUUAUUGAUCCAUUUAUUGGCAAGAAACAACAAAUUUUAUUAGCUACUCAAUUAUGUAGAAUGAUUCUAAAGAUAGAUAACGUCAUCAUUAGUGGUAAAGAUGAAUAUUAA